AUGAGGACAACCCCAGAGGUUGAGGUUGAGCAGAGGAGAAAACGUCCCAGACCCCAAAACAGUCCGAACGUUUGGAGGAGGAAUCUGCAGCAGGAGAUGGAAGGGGCUGACAGCCAAGAAUAUGAGGCAGAAAGUAUCACGCCAAGCAGAGCUCAACCCCGAGCAAGGACCGAACAAGCACCCAGUCAGAGGCACCACUCAUGGUCAGGUAUGCCAAAUCCCACCCGAGCAAUAGUUAAGCCUGAUAAUUCCCCCUUCUGUGAUGAAAUACUCUCUGAAAAAAUGGAAAAGAUAAAAAUGCCCACCUGCAAAUACUCCGGAAAGUCAGACCCAACGAAUCACCUCUCUGCCUUUGGGGGACACAUGAUGCUAUAUACCAACACAGACUCUAUGUGGUGUAAGGUCUUCCCUUCCACUCUGGAGGGGAUAGCACAGAGCUGGUUUGGUAAAAUACCCAAAGGCACCAUAACCUCUUUCCGGCAGUUAGCUAUCUUGUUUCGCACCCAAUAUGUGGCAAACAUUGCCAGAGAAAGGAUGACAGGGGAGCUGAUGUCAGUCAUCCAGGGGCCUCAGGAAUCUCUGAGAGAAUACAUAUCCAGAUUUAAUAUGGAGGCGUCGAAUAUACCCAAGUUACAGCAAGAGGUAGCAGUCCUGACUAUGAUGACUGGUCUGCGGGAUGGAGAAUUCAAGAGCUAUCUGGGCAGAAAGUCAUUCACAACCCUGGCAGAGGUGCUGGGAAAGGCAAAUGAAUUUAUAAAAAGUGAAGAGAUUGGCAGAGCAACCUCACGACGAUAUGUGGCAAGUGAGAACAAUUACGGCAGUCAGAGCAAGAAAGAGCCAUACAAAAAAGAAUACCCAGACAAAAGAGAAAAUCAGCAGCCCAGAAAAGAUUGGCACGGGCAGGUCAGGGGAAGAGGUAAUGAGUUCAAAACCGAAAAGCGGGGCAAGUUUAACGAAUACACUCCUUUGGUCGCAUCCAGAACCCAGAUUUUUGCUAUCAGUAAGGAGGAUGAGAAAUGGCAGAGACCACCGAAAAUGUACAACAAAUACAGGGACACGAAGAAGUACUGUGAUUUUCACAAGUAUCAUGGUCAUCUCACAGAGGAGUGCACUCACUUGAAAGAUAACAUUGAGGACCUGAUCCGAAGGGGGUACCUAACACAAUUUAAAGCAAAAAGCUCGUAUAGCAGGACCUACGAAAACAGGGAUGAUGAUGGUCGAUUUGAUAACAGAAAGACAGAGCAAAAGCAGAACCACCCAGCAGAUCAGAAGAGGUCGAAUGAUAUACUGGUCAUAACAGGAGGACCAGUUUACGCCGGUACUACAGCCAGCGGUGCUAAGGCCAGUGUGAGCGAAUUUAAACACCAGGUUAAUUACAUUAACUUAGGAAAAUGGCCUGCCCCUCCAAAAAUCCCACAGUGCACCUUUACGGAAGAUGAUUGUAAGGGCAUAAUUUAUCCCCAUGAUGACCCAAUGGUGUUAGCUCUGGAUGUGGCUAACAGAAAAAUCCAUCGAAUCCUGAUAGACGGAGGCAGCUCUGCAAACAUUCAAUUCUUGCCAGCUUUCCAAGAGCUGCAGAUCGAAGAAAAACACGUAAAACCAGUUAACUACCCAGUAAUUGGCUUCACAGGGGCAACGGUGAUACCAGAAGGAAUAGUCAGCUUACCUGUCCAAAUUGGGCAGGGGAAAGAUAUCAAGGAUGUCAUGGUUGAUUUCAUGAUAGUGAAAGUACCUGCAGCAUACAACGCCAUUCUGGGCAGACCAUUUAUCCAUGAUGCAGGAGCAGUGGUGUCUACUUAUCACCUCACCAUGAUGUACACAACGAAUGAUAACAGAUCAGCUAAGGUCAAGGGAAAUCAAGAGCAGGCCAAGAGAUGCUACCACACAGCCCUGAAACAGCCACCCAGACCCCCACCCCUGGCAGAGGCAGACAUUCCCUUGUCCAGAAAGAGAAAGAGAGCAGAGCGUAAAAAAGACGCACUACUGGACAUGGAAAAUUUUGAGCAUCGUGAAGAAGGACUGUUAAAGCCAGCCCCAGCAGAAGAAACAGAGGAGAUAGAACUGGAAGAAGGAGUAGAGGAAAGAACAGUCCGAAUUGGCACAGAUAUAGACCUUUCCCUGAGGAGAAGUCAGGCUAGUAAAACAGAAGAAAAGAACUUUUCGACAGAGAAAAAUGUAGCCAUCCAGGAAGAGAUCAGCAAACUGCUGGCAGCCAAAUUCAUAGAAGAGUGUGACUACCCAGAAUGGUUGGCUAACGUUGUGAUGGUAAAGAAAGCGAAUGGUCAAUGGAGGAUGUGUGUAGACUUUACAGACCUAAACAGGGCUUGUCCGAAGGAUUGUUACCCGCUACCCAGGAUAGAUCAACUGGUGGAUUCCACCAGCGGGCAUGCCCUGCUGAGUUUCAUGGAUGCCUUUUCGGGUUAUCACCAGAUCAGUUUGUUAGAAUCAGACCGGAAAAAAGCCGCCUUCAUUACAGACACUGGAGUUUACAACUACAGGGCUAUGCCGUUUGGUCUAAAGAAUGCAGGGGCCACAUACCAGAAACUGGUAGAUAAAAUAUUCGCAGGACAAAAAGGCCGAAACGUGGAAGUGUAUGUAGAUGACUCCAUAGUCAAGAGCAAAAAGGAGGCUGAUCACAUUGAAGAUCUGAAGGAAACCUUUGCAACAUUGAGGCAAUUUGGUAUGAAGUUAAACCCAAAAAAAUGCGUGUUCGGUGUUAAGUCCGGAAAAUUUUUGGGGUUCCUGGUCAGUGAAAGAGGAAUUGAUGCCAAUCCAGAAAAAGUAGAGGACAUACUCAACCUACCAGAACCAAAAAACAUACGAGACAUCCAGAGGUUGACUGGGAAAAUGGCAGCACUCACCAGGGAAUAUAAAACGUUUAAAUGGGAAGAAGAGCAAGAGAAAGCAUUCAAGGAGGUGAAGAACCACUUGAAAAGCCUCCCAACCAUAGCCAGACCAGAAGUGGGGGACAUAUUGCAGCUAUACAUCUCUGCCUCCAAGAAAACUGUAGCAGCAGCUCUGGUAGUCGAGAAAGAUAAAAUCCAGCAGCCAGUUUACUUUGUCAGCCACAUCCUCAACCCUGCAGAACAGAGGUACCCCCUGAUUGAAAAAAUGGCCUUUGCCAUCAUGAUAGCUGCAAGGAAAUUGAAACCAUACUUUGAUGCACAUAAAGUGAAAGUGUUAACCAAUCAACCUUUAGAGAAAUCAUUGCAAAGGUUAGAUAGCUCUGGUAGACUCCUGAAAUGGGCAGUGGAACUCUCAGAAUAUGACAUCGAGUACAAACCCAGAACCGCCAUAAAAGAACAGGCACUGGCAGAUUUCAUAGCAGAGGCAUCGUACGAAGAGGAGGAAGAGCCAUUGGGGACUUGGCAGAUCUCGGUAGACGGCUCCGCGGCAGUCACAGGGUCGGGUGCAGGUAUCAUAAUGGUAUCACCAGAAGGAAACGUUUUCGAGUAUGCUAUAAAAUUCAAAUUCAAAGCUUCAAACAAUGAAGCAGAGUAUGAGGCAGCAAUCGCAGGAAUCCAGAUGUGCAAAGCAGCAGAUGCUAAGAAAAUAGUGCUCAAAACCGAUUCACAGCUGGUGGCCAGCCAAUAUAGAGGUGAAUAUGAAGCCAGAGAACCGUCUAUGCAGAGGUACUUGGCCUUGAUGAAAGAGGCAGUAGCCCAGCUAGAAAGCUUUGAGAUUCAACUGGUUCCCAGGGCAGAGAACAAUCAAGCAGACGCCUUAUCCAAGUUAGCAAGUUCGACGUUACAGGACUUGGAAAGAACAGUGAUGGUAGAGGUCCAGGAAGAAAAGAGCAUUGACAAAAAGCCUGCAGUUAACUUCAUUGACACUGAGCCACAGUGGUAUGACAGUAUAGUCUCAUACAAGCUGGGAAGGGGCCUUCCCACAGCAGAGCAAGAGCAGAAAAAAGUAAAACGAAACGCGCAUUGGUUCGUCAUUUACCAGGGUAAACUGUACAAGAAAUCCUUUUCCUUGCCUCUGCUGAGAUGUGUAUCAAUAGAGGAGUCGCAACGAGUCAUUGAGGAAAUACACGAGGGAAUAUGUGGAAAUCAUAUAGGUGGCAGGACAUUAGCCUUGAAAGCUCUCAGAGCAGGAUACUAUUGGCCAACCAUGGUAAGUGAUUCUCAAGCAUAUGUUAAAAAGUGCAACAAGUGCCAGAAAUUCGCCCCAGUGAUCAAUCAGCCCUCUAAUGACUUACAGCCAAUCAUCAACCCCAUACCAUUCGCCCAGUGGGGAAUGGAUAUUCUGGGACCAUUCACAGCAGCAAGCGGAGGAAGAAAAUUUCUGAUCGUGGCAGUUGACUAUUUUACUAAGUGGAUUGAGGCAGAGCCCACUAAAAGCAUAACAGCCAAGCGGAUGAAGGACUUCAUCUGGAAGAACAUUGUGACAAGGUUCGGCAUCCCAGAAAGUUUAGUCUUCGAUCAUGGAACACAGUUCGACUGCACUCCUAUAAAGGAUUACUGCGCUGAACUAAGAAUAAAAUUCGCAUACGCAUCUGUAUGCCAUCCCCAGAGCAAUGGUCAGGCAGAGGCAGCAAAUAAACAAAUCCUGGGAGCACUGCGAAAGAAGGUAGAAGAUUUUAAGGGUGCAUGGGCCGACCUUAUUCCAGAGAUCUUGUGGUCCAACAGGACCACUGAAAAAAAAGAAGCAACAGAGGAAAGUCCUUACAAACUAGCUUUUGGGGCUGAGGCGGUCCUGCCUGUCGAAGUGGGUCUACCUAGCUUUAGAGUGCAGUACUAUGAGGAAGGCACUAAUGAGCAGCGUAUGAGGGAAGCAUUAGAUCUCUUACCAGAGGCCAGGCUGCAAGCAGAGCUCAGGUUGGCAGCGAACAAAGAAAAAAUGAGCAGGGCAUAUAACAAGAGGGUAAAGCACAGACCUAUGCAAGUGGGGGAUCUGGUCCUCAGAAGAACAGCUGCCACUGGAAAGGGAAAGGCAGAAGGAAAAUUCACUGCCAACUGGGAAGGACCUUACCAGAUCACAAAAGAGGUAGCCCCAGGCUCGUACCAUCUAAUGACGAUGGAAGGAAGAGAAUUGAAGAACAGCUGGAAUGCCAACAUGCUAAAGAAAUACUAUGUAUAG